UCGUGCGUGUAAGUGUGUUUGUUAGUGUGAUUUUUAUUUUAUUUUUUGGAUUUCAAUAUGAAUUCGGUUGUCGUUCUUUUGAGGGGAUCGCGGCGCCGUCCUUUAAUGGACAGAUUUUUCUCUGACUUGGAUAAUGGGUCGACCCUCUUAUUUUUUAAGAGGAAUCGGCCUGUUGUGACAAUCAGAGCCAGUUUUGCUCACGAGCUUACUGUGCCCUCUGUCCCUUUGCCCCAGGAGGGGGCGCUCGUUAAAUCGAGUAUUCGGCAUCCCAGUGCUCUGUCUCAGGGUAGAGACACUGAGGAUGCUCACAGCUCACGAGCUGAGUUCACUGCAGAGGUGUCGACAGCAGAGGAAUCUUGUCCAAAUGAGAAAGCUGUGGUGGAGGAUGACUUUGAGGAGAGAGGGUCGGAGUCAUCCUUUCAUCAUGAGCUUCCUGGCACCAGCUCCCCCACUAAAGGGAGUUCCUAUGUUGUGGAGAAGCUCCAUUCAGUGACUGAUGGAGGUAUCAAGUCCUCAGCAGAGGCGAUCUCCACACAUCCGGAGGAUAUCUUGUCCUUCCCUGCAUCUGUGGCUGAUCCACAGCCUCCAGCAGAGGUCCCAUCUUUCUCUGCUCCUGUGGCCGCUCCACAUCCUCCAGCGGUGGGCCCAUCCUUUUCUGCUCCUGUGGCCACUCCACAUCCUCCAGCAGAGGUCUCAUCCUUCUCUGCUCAUGUGGCCGCUCCACAUCCUCCAGCAGGGGUCCCAUCUUUCUCUGCUCCUGUGGCCGCCCCACAUCCUCCAACAGAGGUCCCAUCCUUCUCUGGUCCUGUGGCCGCUCCACAUCCUCCGGCAGAUGUCCCAUCCUUCUCUGCUUCUGUGGCCGCUCCACAUCCUCCAGCAGGGGUCCCAUCCAUCUCUGCUCCUGUGGCCGCUCCACAUCCUCCUGCAGAUGUCUCAUCCUUCUCUGCUCCUGUGGCCGCUCCACAUCCUCCAGCAGUGGGCCCAUCCUUCUCUGCGCCUGUGGCCGCUCCACAUCCUCCAGCAGAGGUCCCAUCCUUCUCUGCACCUGUGGCUGAUCCACAGCCUCCAGCAGGGGUCCCAUCCUUCUCUGCACCUGUGGCUGAUCCACAGCCUCCAGCAGGGGUCCCAUCCUUCUCUGCUCCUGUGGCCGCUCCACAUCCUCCAGCAGAUGUCCCAUCCUUCUCUGCUCCUGUGUGCGCUCCACCUCCUCCAGCAGGGGUCCCAUCCUUCUCUGCACCUGUGGCUGAUCCACAGCCUCCAGCAGGGGUCCCAUCCUUCUCCACUCCUGUUACUGCUCCACAGCCUCCAGUAGGGGUCCCAUCCUUCUCCGCUCCUGUUACUGCUCCACAGCCUCCAGUAGGGGUCCUAUGCUUCUGUGCUCCUGUUACUGCUCCACGGCCUCCAGUAGGGGUCCCAUCAUUUUCUGCUCCUGUUACUGCUCCACAGCCUCCAGCUCUCUUUCUCUCACAGCAAAAUAAUGCAGACACAGUCGAGGAGAUGGAGGUUCAAUACAGUUUGGUUUCUCAACAUUCAUCUCCUCGCAAUUCGUCUGCCCAGCUUGCGACUCCUCAGGCCCAGAUGUCCCAGUCCUCUCAGGUAGAUUUACGUCAAAGGCCUGCACUUUAUCAGUGCCAUUUUUAAUGAAAAAGUAGUUUUAUGUAAAUAUUUUAAAACUAUGAUUGUUUUACUUACAGAAAAUUAGUGCAGACACAGUCGAGGAGAUGGAUGUUCAAUACAGUUAUUUAUCUCAGUAAGUUUAACAGUGCCUUCAUUUUAUACUUUGUUGUAUUACGAUCAGUUGUACAUG